UUCAUUCAGUGUCGCUGUCCAACAUUGACCACGAACUGUCCUUUCAAUCAUUGCUACGGUGUAUUAUCUGUUUCUAUUCAUAGUUUAAGUUCGCUAAAUAAGACUAUUCCGGUAGCGUCCACGAUUUAGCCGAUAUUAUUCAGUCAGUCUAGUUUAAAUAUUUUACAGUUAGCGAACCGUUUCAUUUUGUGAGUAAAGAUGAAGACCAAGUUCAUUAAUGGGGUUUCCUCUUCACCUUCGAUGUCAUUGGGGUUAUUAGUAACAGAAAAUUCACUCGAGGUCCAGCCAAAUACUGAGAAUGACUGCCAAGACAUCAUUCGUCCGGACGAGCCUGAUCAGCAGACAAAGCAUAAGGCCUAUUUGUGGUGCAAAGAAUUUCUCCACGGAGCGUGGAAAUCACUCACCGAAGAUGAGUUCAAGAUCACCAUUAUCAGGGGCGGCCUCAGCAACAUGCUUUUCCUCUGCGCGUUGCCAGAGAACAUCUCUAGCGUCGGCGACGAACCCAGAAACGUUCUCCUGCGGAUAUAUGGAGCCAUUCUACAGAUGUCCUGUAAUAAAGGGGAUCCAAGAGAGUCAAACAAAGAAAAUCACUUUCAAGGCGCCGAGGCUAUGGUGCUGGAGAGUGUGAUGUUUGCCAUCCUGGCCGAGCGCGAGCUGGGACCCAAGCUCUACGGCAUCUUCCCCCAGGGGAGACUGGAGCAGUUUGUCCCUAGUAGAAAGCUGGACACCGAGGAGCUGAGUAUCCCGAGCAUAUCUGCUGAGAUCGCUGAGAAGGUCGCCAAGUUCCACGGGAUGAGAAUGCCGUUCAACAAGGAGCCCAAGUGGUUGUUCGGCACCAUGGACAAGUACAUGAACCAGGUGUUAAGUCUGACCUUCACAAGAGAGUCUCACAUUCGCAAGUUCUCCCGACUGAUGAGUUAUAACCUUCUUCAGGAGAUGGAGAGUUUAAAGAAUCUGUUGGAGUCAACUCACUCACCUGUUGUCUUUUGUCACAAUGACUGUCAAGGAGGGAACAUCUUGCUCCUGAACGGUCGGGAAGACUCAGACAGACAGAAGCUCAUGCUUAUCGACUUUGAAUACAGCAGCUACAACUACAGGGGGUUCGACCUUGGAAACCACUUCUGUGAGUGGAUGUAUGACUACAACCACGACAAGCCUCCAUUCUUCAAAGUCCACACAAAGAAUUACCCUACCAAAGCCCAGCAGCUGCACUUCUAUGGACAUUACCUCUCUGAGUUUGACAAGGGGUUUGAUAACUUGAGCAAUGUGGACCAACUGAAACUUAAGGAGAAGAUGGUGGAGGAAGUCAACAGGUUUGCUCUUGCCUCUCACUUCUUCUGGGGUCUGUGGGCCAUGAUCCAAGCCAGAAUAUCCACUAUUGAGUUUGGCUACAUGGAAUAUGCCGUUGCAAGGUUUGACGCAUACUACGACCUGAAGAAGAAGCUGGGAGUUUAAGGGUUGUGUAGAUGCACUGUUUUUUGGUAAAGGGGACCAUUCAAUGGUGUUGUAGAAGUGGGGUAGAGGAGGCGAUGGGUGGAUUAAAGCAUCAACGUGUCUUUUUUUUCCAAAAAAAAAAGAGAUGCUCCACUCUGAAAGUUGCUGCAUGGACCACGUUGACGACACUUGCAGAUUGUCCAGCUUCUACUGACUAACGUCCCAUGCCUGCCCUUACGAUGUUUACAAGUUGUAUCCCCAAACAUUCCAUGCACUUGCAAAGUCCUCAACACUCAUCGAUAUGACACUCAGACAUAUUCACACCUGUCUAUUCACAUCAAGUCUUGCUAAGGCAUAUAAGGUGUAUGCAAUUUACCAACACAAAGUCGUGGAGUUGGAAUGCCAACACUGGUGGAAAAAUACCCAAAUGCACUUUCAGUGUGUUAUUAUUGCAGACGCUAACCCCGCUAGCUGUGUUAUCUAUACAACCGCAAUGAUAGCAAAUGCACUGUGUAGGACUAAGGUUGCAGUCAGUGAGCAGAAUAGCCAAACACUAUGUUGAUAGUGUGGUCCAACCUCCACUUACAUGUCUACAUGUUUUUUUCCGACACAUUUACCUUUACUGUGACUCCUCAUUGGUUUACCUCUUUCCCAACUUGAAUAUAGCCUAUGGUGUUAUUCAUUAGAUGAGUAUUUUUGCUGCUGUAUAAGCUUCAUUUGAUAGCGCUUGUGAGUGACCUGUGAAAAUGGUUGAGAAACUGUAUCUGUCACCAGUGCUGUUCCCUCCAUACAGGAGGUGAAUGAAGAUGGUCAAUAUCUCAAAAGAGAUCCUGGCCAUUGCCAAUAACAGAAGCAGACCAGAUAUCCCAUUUAACCCCAGUGCAAUCCCAUAUAUCACAAGUUGCCAUGUCCUGAGUUAUAAUGACAGUGUGGCUAUAGGCACUGUGUUAUGCUCCUUUGUUUACAUCUCAUGCAGAUUUCCAAAAUGGGCAAGAUUGUAAUAAAAAUCUUGUCUGCACCAAACUGUCACAAUCAAAAUAUCUUUGGUUGGAUGUCUUGCUUUGUGCUGACAUCCAAGGGAACCCCUAGUGGUGCACCACAAAGAAUCUAGUCACCUUCUAAUGACGACUGAUCCAGUGGGACGUUUUAACCGGUAGCACCCACUCCCAUCCGUGUAUGGGGGAUGGACUUUAAGUUAAAACAACGACUGCUUUCGACCGUCAUUGAGUUAAAACAGUGGGAUGUCAAAAGAUUAAGGGCCCAAAUUUCACUGACGGGCAAUGGGCAGUGUGGAUGGGCCAUUGCAGUGCCUCCACUCGCCAUUCCAUAGCUUUAGUUCAUAUACAAGACACUUUGCUCAUUGCCCGGACGCACAUUGGAGCCCAAAAUGUACAAUGUACAGUUUUCCAGUGUGACAUUGGAGAAGCUGGUAGAGGUUCUCAGCUCCUGUGAGAUUAUCAUUGGGGACUGUGGAUGUAUUGAAUGUCUUUCUUCUUGGAAAUCUUUUACAUACUUAUUAGUAAGUGUUGAGUGACAGUCCUGUAUCUACUUGAUUUGCCCAUGCUGAGUAAUGCCAUUGAGUUCAUUUCAUCUUCAGAAAGAUAACUGUGAUAAGCCUUUUAACUUUCUUUUACAAUUCAAGUCAAUAUACUGUGUUUUAUGUUUAUGGUUUUUCUAUACAGUAGAUGCUCAUUUAUUCAAUCAUUUUAUGAUAUUUUUGAGGCAACCUGAGCCUUUUGCUAAUAACGUCAGUGGCACUUUCCAUACCAGUUACAUGUAUAUGUUUUUGUUUCCAAAUGCUACUUUUGUAUUUUUUUCCUGCAAUGGAAGAUGUAUUUUUCUUAAUAAGAAAGUUGUCUCUUUCCUUGUUGAAAUGAAUUGUUUUUUCCUCCUGUGAAAGUUUCUGUUGGUGGUCAUUUCUUAAAUAUAUUAUUCAUCAUAUGCAAAUGUGCUAUUUAAAUUACACCCAGCUGAAUAUUUUUAUAACACAGGCAUUAAAACAUUAAAUAAAUUGGAUUAUUUUAAUGUUAAUGACUGAUAUUGAAUUCAUGCGAGACAAUUAGCAUUUGAAAUACUGUAAUAUUCCAGAGCUGCUUCUUGAUGACAUUGAAUGUACUGAUAACCUUUUUCUGAGAGGUUGCAAUGUACCCACUUUUUAAAAUCGUGAUUUAAAUUGACCCCAGCAUAUCUCUCUCUCUCUCUCUCUCUUUCUCUCUCUCUCUCUCUCUCUCUCUCUCUCUUUCUCUAUGUCUCUCUCUCUCUCUCUCUCUCUCUCUUGGCCACUAUGUAAUCUUUGUUUUCAUGCCAAUAUGACUGACUCUAGCCUUAGCGCUCUCUCUAGUAGCUUCUGUAACAGAGAGGGUUAGAGGGGUUCAAAUCAACUCCUUUGUAGCAAGGAUAAUCCAUAAACAAUACUGUCCAAUUUUUGCUUUGCACAUAUAUAAUCAAUAAAGAAAUGUA